AUGCCACAAGUACAGCCUGCUGAGCACGAUGUGUCUCCGAUAGAGCCACCUGAGGGAUGUUGUGGAAGUCGGCUGGAUUCGGCGAGGCUGGUGGAAGUGGCGAUGCUGCCAGCUUCGGCUGAUCCAUCGACAUUCGAGGAUUUGUGGGAUGGAAAGAGGAAAGGCAGCGGCAGCGGGAGCGGGAGCGGGAGAGGAUCGGUUGUGGCCGCGAGUCAGACCCUCUUCCGCACGGUGAGGCAUCAAGGCAGCAAAGGGUCCGCAUUCGCAUUGAAAACCAUAUGCUACUGCUAUCGGUUGUCGAUGACGACUUACGGUGGUACACUGGACUGUUCCGAUGGCUUGCGCUGGCCAUGUCAUUUUACCAAGUACAAGCUCUCCGCAGCAGCGGCCAACGAUAAUCAGCGGGAGAACGAUGCUAAGAAGAAGCGAAGGCUUGGAAUACGUGUGUCCAAGCACGACCUGCGACUUGAAGAAUUCUUUGGUCUCGCGUAG